AUGCCGUGGCAGACGGGCUAUGAAAACUGCUCUGCCGCGGGCGGUGGCUUGGCGAUCCCUGACUCCCUGGACGAGCAUCGAUUCAUCUGGGAGAUGUUCACAUCUUGGGGAGGCGGUCAGGGGAGUCUCUGGAUUGGCUGUUCCGGAACGGAGGAUGAAGGCAGGUGGAUGCAGGCGGGUGGGAGCGGGCGGGAGUGCACCUACUUCAACUGGGCAGAGGAACGGCCAAGGAAUGGCUCCCGAGUUGGAGUUUGUACAGCGAUGAAGAAUGGCGAGGAUGGUCUCUGGAAUGACCUCGCUUGCUCCAAGCGCAGACACGUGAUUUGUGAGAAGCCGUCGGCUCCAACCCCAAAGAUGUUCUGCCUGCAGGCUGAUGCCAACGGCCGCUUCACCGCUGAAUAG